CAAUUUAUCGCUCAGUUAAUAUCCAACUCUUUCUCAAUUCAAGUUGUUGUCUCGUCGUCCUUUGUUUUACCUUUCGCUAUGAAUGGUGACGACUCAACCAAGCAAAAACGAAAUAAGCCAUGCGAGAAUUGUCGGGCUCACCGAAGAAAGUGCAUCGUGCUGCAAGGCACCAUGUGCGAGAGAUGCCGAAAAAUGACACUGCCUUGCAUUUUUAAAUUCACAGUGAAACCCAACAUUGUUAAAAAAGCAGUGCCAUUAUCCAAGAAAAAUCGAAUGUUGGAAGAAGUAUGCCAUUUGGAAGAACAGAUUGAAGACUUGUCCGAAGAACUUCGUCUUCUUCAGAUGAGCGUCCGAGCGAAAAGAGAUCCAGCUUGCUGUCGUUGCAUAGACGUCUCUCAGUGUACGCACUUACAACCUCUCGUAUUGCAGAAUAGAACUUCGCCGCCGAGGUGGGAAAUUACCUUUUCGAAGCAACUGUAUGGAUUACGCUUGCAUACCAACGUCAAUACAAUUGCCGACCUGGCCAUGUUACUAAACGAAAGUCAACGUUACUUUGUCUCGCCUUCGGCUUCCACCAACACAUCCACCAACCGCAAUCUCACCAUCACACGUCGCAUGCUCCACGUGGAACAUAUUUUUCGAUACCUCUUUCGUAACCAAAAUAUCACGAUGACCCCUUCAUCCACCACCUUGCCGCGACGCUUGACGCAUACCUUCUCUACCAUCAACAACAGCAAACAUUCACACUUUAUUUCCUACAUGAUCGAUAUCUAUUUCAAUUGUCUCGGGAUGAUGACCCCUAUCCUUGUGUCCAGCUAUUAUCGUCCUUAUCUCAAAGCGAAUCCGUCCUGCGUGCUCGCCUCAGCCAUUGUAGCUUACGUAGUUCACUCUCAUUGUUGUCAUGCACAAAUUGAUGGGUUGCUUUGUUCACGCCGGGAAUUGGCAGAAUAUUGUUGGCAAAAUGCUCGCACCAGUGUAGAGGAUGCUAUGUUUGACGAUUUCGAAGACAGCCCCGAUGUCGAUACCCAAAUUGCGCUGUGGCAUCUCGCCAAUUGCUCCCUACUGAAAUUGCAAAGCAAAGAAGCGCGCGUCUACUCCAGUUUAGCGUGGCGCAUGGCCAUUCAACUCAAAGAUAUAUAUUUACCUAUCCUUCGAAUGGCCACUUCCGAUCCUUCCUCCGUGGAUCCCGUUCAAUUAGCCAAAGCGGAAUCGUGGCGACGAUCGUUCUAUCUCACCCGAACGGCCGAGUUGAAUCUUUGCGUUGUCUACGACGGAUUGGCCGACUUUUCUUCCGUUCUUUAUCACAGCGACAUUGGAUUUCCUAGUCCGCUCGAAUGCGAACGUAACGAUAGCAUGAUGCGUGCAGCUGUCGAAGCGUUUGCUUAUAUUUGUCGAUUAACGGUGCUCACUUAUGUGGAAAGUGGCGGGAAUUCUGUCGAAGCCCUUGGAUACAAAUUGUAUGCAGGAUCUUUAGACGAAAUCCCGCAAUCGGGUAUCGAAUGCAUCGAGAACCAACUUUAUCUUUUUUGGAAAGAUUUGCCACCAGCGUUUCGUGUGAGCGACGAACCACUUGGAUACAUUCACCUGGACCGUGUGCAAUUAUGCGAAGAUUUAUUCGUGCUACGGCUCAAUUCAUAUUACUACAUCUACUGGCUGACAGUGGAAUCUCGGGUCAUGCAGUUAUCAUCGGCCCAAGACAAGAUGGAUGAGGACAGUGGCUUACCCGAACAUCAAGCCGAGCAUCGCGAUCGUGCUUUAUCUAUUGUCUCCAUCUGUUCUGACGCCGUUGUCAAAAUUUUCCACAUGCUUUCGGUGCGGUCUCCUUGUUCGCUGGAUUUACAAUGGAUGACCUUGGCAAUUGAUGCUUGCGGCCUUUUGAAAAAUGCGUCGAAUGCCGGUAUUCGACGACUUGCCAAACAGAAUUUACAAACGGGUGUCCAAAUCCUUCAGCGGCAUAUGAACACGAGCAUGGAAGAAGCCGCCACCGUCGGUGAAACCGGUAGUAGCCGUAGCAACAGCCCCGAAUGCAGUUGGGGAUCCAUGUCUGUCAGCACCGGUGAAGGCAGUAGCUCGUCCGAGGAAGGUUUUGGCAAUACUUUUCACGAUGUGUGUCCUGCAUUUUCUGCAUCUGCAUCCUCCAAGCCAUCCAUCAACGAUCGAAUGUCGUCGGCGGAUCAUUCUGCGACCAAUCAUACUGCUUUUUUUGGGGAGCUAAAGUACCAGCUAGAAGCUUACUUUUCCAUGCUCGCCUCUUCAAAUAUGUGAAGCUCGUCGCUUUUGAAAAUACGUAACGCUAGUUUAUUAUCUAUUUAUUUAUUUUACGUAUUUAUAUCCAUCUUGGCUCGUGCGGGUUUCUUCAUUCCGUAU